AUGGCGUUCGCACGGAGCUCCCACUAUGUUGUUGGAGAUCUCACCGCGCUGCUACGGCGAUCAUACUACGUUUCUACUGCGACGUUCAUUUUCCCGCUAAGGAUAAAGGGAGGUAAACCCAUUCCUUUGUUUCCGUUUGUGGCCGCCGUUUUCUUCUGUUCAGUGAACGGCGCUCUGCAGACGUACGGGAUACUCCUAUCGAAUACUCAGAUCCACCACUGGUUCCAGAAGGCAAGAUUCUGUCUGGGUAUUAUGUUAUUUUUUACGGAGAUGUAUAUUAACAUCCGGUCUGACAUUUUGCUGACGUCACUAAGGAGAGAGAAAGAAGGCACAUAUCGAACUCCAAGUGGAUUUCUAUUCGAAUACGUCUCUGGCGCUAACUUCCUGGGAGAAAUAGUGGAGUGGAUCGGUUUUUCUUUGGCCUGUUGUUAUCGUGGUCCAGGAAACUUUUUAAAUGAAGUUGUUGUAAAUGAAAGUAUCCGUCAAAUGUGA